AUGAAGCCAAGUCUGCGAUUUUUCUUAGCUGGUUUUCUGCUGUUGAUUCUGCAGACAGGGCUUUGCUAUGGGAUAAAAUGGAUAGCUCUGUCCAAGACUUCUUUGGCUUUGGCCCUGAAUCAAACCCAGCACUGCAAGCAGCUCGAAGGGCUAGUGGUUUCUCAGGUACAGCUGUGCCGCAGCAACCUGGAGCUGAUGCAGACCAUUAUUCAGGCAGCGCGGGAGGUGAUAAAGACCUGCCGGAAAACCUUUUCAGACAUGAGGUGGAACUGCUCUUCAAUAGAGCUGGCUCCUAACUACCUGCUGGACCUAGACAGAGGCACAAGGGAGUCAGCAUUUGUAUAUGCCCUCUCUGCUGCUGCCAUCAGCCACACCAUUGCCAGAGCCUGCACCACCGGGGACCUCCCUGGCUGUUCCUGUGGUCCCAUCCCAGGUGAGACACCUGGACCUGGGUAUCGAUGGGGAGGAUGUGCAGACAACCUCAACUAUGGUCUUAUCAUGGGGUCCAAAUUUUCAGAUGCUCCCAUGAAGAUGAAAAAAUCAGGAUCACAAGCCAAUAAACUGAUGCAUCUGCACAACAGUGAAGUAGGGAGACAGGUCUUGAAAGCCUCUCUUGAAAUGAAAUGUAAGUGCCAUGGAGUUUCUGGGUCAUGCUCUAUCAAGACCUGUUGGAAAGGCCUUCAAGAGCUGCGAGACAUUGCACUGGACCUCAAAACCAAAUAUUUAUCUGCCACCAAGGUUGUUCACCGGCCCAUGGGCACACGCAAAUACCUUGUCCCAAAGGAUAUUGAUAUCAGGCCAGUCAAAGAGACAGAGCUGAUUUACCUGCAGAGCUCACCUGAUUUCUGCAUGAAGAAUGAAAAAGUGGGGUCACAUGGGACCCAGGACAGGCAAUGCAACAAGACUUCCAAUGGGAGUGACAGCUGCGACCUGAUGUGCUGUGGCAGAGGCUACAACCCCUACAUGGACAAGGUGGUGGAGCGGUGCCACUGCAAAUAUCACUGGUGCUGCUACGUGACCUGUAAGAAGUGCGAGAGGACUGUCGAGAGAUAUGUGUGCAAAUGAAAACUCUCCUCUGCACACCUGGGAGCUCAGACUGCAGCAGCAGCACCCCAGCACUAUUCAGAGAAAACAUUUCCUUGACCAGACAUCGUUUAUCUUGUAAAGACACAGACUUGAGGAGAGAUGGUAGGAGGAAAAGCAACAAUCACACCAGUAAAAAUAAGAAGGUAACAAAACCUCCCAAAAAGCAACAGACCCAAAAAUGUUUCUCCUCACCAAUAAAAUGCUCUCUGAGAAGACAAAACUUCAUUUGGGAUGGUAUCUUCUUCCAAAAUAUUUCCUGUGGCUGCCAAUGAUGUCCAGCAAUCAAGUGCCUUAGUAUUCUGAGAAAUAAAUAUGGAAACUUUCCCUUGGGGGAAAAAAACCCACCAUUUGUUUGACAGUC